AUGGCUGUUUACUUGUCUCGCAGGGACAGACUGAAGGCUGGACCUCAACUUGAUGCCGUGGCUCUGUGGAAGUGCAACGUCAAGACCAGACUGUUAGGCAUCAAUGAAGGCAGCUGUUACAGGAUCAACCAUUUCCCCGAUGACAACGACUACGACACAGACAGCUCAGAGUAUCUUCUGCGUAUUGUUCGUGCCUCCAGCGUGUUCCCCAUCCUCAGUACCACCUUGUUGAUGCUCGGGGGCAUGUGUGUCGGUGUGGGCCGGGUCAACAACAAGACAAACAAUGUCCUCCUCAGUGCGGGCAUUCUUUUUGUAGCUGCAGGUCUUAGCAACAUAAUUGGCAUCAUUGUCUAUAUCUCAAGCAAUGCUGGAGAUCCCAACGACAAACGUGAUGAUGACAAGAAGUACACUUACUCCUACGGGUGGUCUUUCUACUUUGGCGCUCUGUCCUUCAUUGUGGCUGAAACUGUGGCUGUUCUUGUCAUCAACAUCUACAUCGAGAAAAACAAGGAAGUCCGCUGGAAGGCGAGACGUGAGUUUAUUCGUUCCCUCUCUUCCUCGUCCCCUUAUUCAAGGAUACCGAGCUUCCGCUACCGUCGACGGACAUCGCACGCCAGCUCUCACUCCACAGAGGCCUCUAGGGAGAACUCACCGGUGCUCGGUCUGAAGGGGGUGCCAUCCUCAAGUGGGCCCCUGGACGAGCUAUCUAUGUACGCCCUGGCAAGAGACAGUGUGACCGAGAACACUUACAGUCCGGAGCACGAGAGCAGCGCCGAAUUCCUCCAGGUCCAUAACUGUUUCCCAAAUGAUUUAAAGGAUGGGGUGAACCGCAGGACCACACCUGUGUGAGAGGCAUGGCUGCUCCUAAAAUUUACAUGAAUGAGAACAGGAACAGAAAGGAUAUAAGAUUGGUGUCCUGACCUGCU